AUGGCUCCUAAGACCAAGGCCAAUCAUGGUGCAUCAUCCGUCUCUACAACGACUGCUACGGUUGUAUUACAAACAAACCCUGCUAAGCGAGUUCGUAAUGCUUUAUCCGCUAUCCAGGAAAGUGGUGAAGCAGACCUGGACAGCCAGUGGGGGCAUCUGCAGACUGCUUAUCUCCCUGAGACAGUUGUGGAUGCUGCCUUGAGGGAAAAGCUCCGUUUUCUACUCAUGAAGACUAAUGGAGAAGGUGGGGAAUACGUUGAUGCGGACUCUAAGCUUCUACUUUGGGCGAAAAUUGGAGAAGAAGUUGGUAGAGAUGGGUAUGAUGCUGAGGUUGUCCAUGACUAUUUUGUGAAAUGGUUGGAUGUCCUCAAAUCUCUAUCGUGCUCUG